GUUUCCGGGUCUUUCCGGGCCCUCUCCCAUUGACAGGAGUUAUCAGGUGUGAAUGAACCUCACAGUCCUACAUGAGCGGGAUAACAUUAAACAGAGAUUCCUGCUUUGACUUGAAGAUGUCCGAUUUUCAGGAUCACACAGACUCUUACAGACGGCCCGGAGAUGUUACUGAACAAACACCGUCCGGAUACAAAGAGGAGGAGCUCCACCACCAAAACAAACAGCUCGGGAUGAUUUCAGCACCUGAAAUAAAACUGCAACACACAGGUUAGUCAUCUGUUGUCUGUUGGAAACGUUUAUACCAGGGGUCGGCAACCUUAGACACACGAAGAGCCAUUUGGACCAGUUUCCCACGGAGAGAAAACACAGGGAGCCACAAACCCCUUUGACAUCUAAAAUAAAGAUAACAUUACAUAUAUCUGGGUUUUUUUUUACCUUUGUGCAAAGAAUAUAAAAAACUGUAGCAAGUUGCAUUUAUGAACUAAAUGAACUGCUGCAGAGGAAAAGAAAUGUCAUUUCUGCAGGCAAACAAAAAUAUUUCGAACAGUUAGAAAUAACCUUAAAGACCCACUUCCAUGAAAAUCAUGUUUUUCUUAUUGUUUACAUGUUCAUAUAUCAUUUUCAUGAUGCUACAGGACAUAUCAUGAGUAAUAUAAGAGCCAAAUUGCAUUUCUGAGUGUUUUUGCAUCCUAAUCUCUGUGAAUCUCUGGCAGACCCAAACGGUUGUCUCAGACACAGUGAGAUUUUCUAUGUCAUAAUUCCAAGCUCCGCCCUCUGAGCCCUGCUAUGCAGAGGAUGAUCGCGCAACAAGCGUGGAUAAAAAACACAAUUUCACUGAAUAAUGUACAAUAUAUUUUUGCAAAAUAACAUCCGAUUAAAAUGUGAAAUUUACUUGCUUAGUGUGCCUUUCGCUCCUGAUCCUCAGUGCACAGCGUCUCCACAUCCAGGCUGAGUGACGUCACACAGGUUUUCAGUUUUCCCAAGUCGACAGUUAUGAUGCCUAUUUUGAGGGAUAAAAAUUUUUAACAUGGUUUAUUUAAUGUUACAAGGGCAUUAUAAUCUUUAAAUUUAUAAUUACAAAAAAACUAAAAUAAAAUAAAUUUAAAUUAAAUAUUUAUUAUUUAUUUUCCAAAUCUACAGGGAGUCGCAGCUUAGGGAAGAAAGAGCGGAACCUUUAGCUCCAGUCCUCGUCCUCUCUUAGCUUCUAAAAUCUGAUGUCUGGUCCCGAAGACGCUGUUCUCUUUUCUGUGACGGUGAAAAUUCCUCCUUCAGCGUCUCUUGUUCUAUUUUUAAUAUUAGUGGUUAAAUUACACAAACUGCUCAUACUUGUUUAUUGCACAUUACUUGUUCAUAUUUGUUAGUUUUGUUGGCUGUGCUUGGAUUGAUACUCGGUUAGCAUUUACUGACAUUAACUAAACUGGUUGUUGGUGUAUUUAAGCAGUCCUGGAUAUUCAUAAAUGAUAGGUUAGCCUGGUGAAGGUCUGUGCUGGACUUCUUAAAAUUUAACCAGAAAGUCCCAUUGAGAUUUAAAAUCUCUUUUGCAAAAGAACCUGGCCUGUGUAGCAGUUAUACAGAGUCACAACCACAAAAAAAACUCACAAAUAACACAAUCAACAGAUCUGAAACACAUGUUCAAAAACAUAUCUGAUUUUAAAAAACACACACGCUUCUGAAACGGAAACAUAAAUUUAUAACAAUGGGCAACGUGCCUUUUUUUCUGAUAUAUUUUCUGUCUUCUGUGCUGUUAUUCCUACACAUGCUCUGACUGAUUAAAUUACACUAACACAACAAUAAAGGGGUAGGACUCGAUAAGUUUUAUCAACUUCAUCCUACACCCUUUCGAACAAAGUACGAUUAUCUAUGUUGCUACAGAGCUGUCUCUUUAUUUGUUUUUCUGCCAAAGCACAUUGUAUAUUGUAUUUUUUUUGUUUUUCUUUUAACCUGUUCGAACAAACAAAAAAAAUAAAACCACGUUCUGUAUAAUACUCUUAAAUUUGUUAAGACAUGAUAGCGCAGGUCUGUCAAAACCCGGGGUUCAGUACAUUACAGAACAGUUGUCUUUUUUUUAUCAAAUGUCUCAAUGUCAUGUCUGAUAAAAACAUUUUGUGUUUCUUCAGUGUUUCCUGCCGACAUCCAGCAGCUGGUUAUAAAAGAAGAACCUCCUGAGCAGCAGGAGUGGAGCCCCAGUCUGGACCAGAGGGACACCAAACCUCUGCACAUUAAAGAAGAACUCUGGAGCAGUCAGGAGGGAGAGCAGCUUCAGGCAGAAGAUGAGAGUGAUACCUCUGAGUUCCCAUUCACGAUUGUCACAGUGAAGAUUGAAGAUGCUGAAGAGAGCCCUCAGUCCUCGUGGCUUCAACGACAAACUGAACAGGUGGACACACAGGCUGAUGAGAAGGACUAUGAGGGUUCAGAACAAGCCAGGAACUUGGAUAUAGAAAGACAUUUACAACAAGAAACAGAUGAUGAAAGUGAAGAGUCUUCUGAACCUGAGACUGAUGACAGCGGCGACUGGGAGAAGACAGAAAAUCAGCCAGAUCUGAACUUUCUGGAAGAUAACAGACCCAACCCCAAUAACUGCUCACUGUGUGGUAAACUAUUGGAAAAAAGUGUGCGUCUUAGUGAACAAAUGGCAAAUCACACUGGAGAGGGGUCCCUCAGCUGUCUAGACUGCAGGAAAAGAUUAAGUCAAAAUUCUGGUCUGACAACUCCCACAGUAGAGAAACCCUUUGGCUGCUCUGAGUGUGGUAAAAGAUUCAACCAUAAAUCUGGUCUGUCAGCUCACAUGGCACAUCACUCGGGGGAGAAACCCUUCAUCUGCCCUCAGUGUGAGAAAAGGUUUUACUAUAAAAGCUCUCUGGCCAUACACAUGAGCGUUCACACGAAUGUAAAACCGUUCAGCUGCCUGGAGUGUGGGAAGAGAUUUCGUCGAGAGUGUAAUCUGACAGUUCACAUCAAACAUCACACAGGAGAGAAACCCUUUAGCUGCUCUGACUGUGGCAAGAGAUUUACUCGAAAAGGAAGUCUGAUUGGACAUAUGAUCAUUCACACCGGAGAGAAACCCUUCAGCUGCCCUGACUGUGGAAAAAGAUUCAGCCGAAAGUCUGGUCUGGCAAUUCAUAUGAAACAUCACACAGGGGAGAAACUCUUUAGCUGCUCCGAGUGUGGAAAAAGAUUCACCCAAAAGUGCAAUUUGACUGCACACAUGCUAAUACACACAGGAGAGAAACCCUUCAGCUGCCAAGACUGUGGUCAUAGAUUUACCCGGAGAGGACGUCUGAGGGAACACAUGCGACUGCACACAGGAGAGAAACCCUACAGAUGCCCUGAGUGUGGAAAAAGAUUUCACCAGAAAGGAAAUCUGACCAAACAUUUGGUGGUCCACACAAAAGAGAAAUCCCUCUCCUGCUCUCAGUGUGGGAAAAGAUUUAAUCACAGGUCUGAGCUCACAGCCCAUAUGGCUGAUCACAGGAGCUAGACACCUUCUUACUGUAAUCCUUAUUAUUCUUAUCAAUAUUUAAUAAUGUUUAUAAUUUAUUUGUCAGUUUUUAUAUAUGAAUCACAUUCAAAAUAUGAGAAAAUGAGAAACUGAUGAGAAACUGUUAUUAGGCUCCACCAUGAUAGAAAGAGAAACCCUCUUCAGACAUGUGGGGUCAUAAGCAGAGAGACACACACGUGUUGAGCUCUGGUUUCCCUAAAAGAGUUGGAUGUAAAUAAACAGACUCCAAACAUUCAGUUUGUCAUGUGUGAAUCAGUGUUGGAAUCCCCGUGAAAGCAUAAUAAAUAAGUAAACCAGAA